GAGCUGCACCCGGGAGUCGGGACCGGCCGAGCGAGCGGGUGUGAAUGACCGCGCGGCCCUGGUCCGCGCGGGCCCCGAGCCUCUCGCACGCUCCGGAGUGCUGCGGUGCAUGUUCGCCUCUUGCCCCUGUGUGCGGAAAGACAGGAGGACCAUGAACAUGAUACACUUUCGGAGCUCCAGCAUCAAAUCACUCAGCCAGGAGAUGAGAUGCACCAUUAGGCUUUUGGACGACUUGGAGAUCUCCUGCCACAUCCAGAGAGAGACCAAAGGGCAGUUUCUGAUUGACCAUGUCUGCAACUACUACAGCUUGCUGGAGAAGGACUACUUUGGCAUUCGCUACGUGGACCCAGACAAGCAAAGGCACUGGCUUGAACCUAACAAGUCCAUCUGCAAGCAAAUGAAAUCUCAUCCACCAUACACCAUGUGCUUUAGAGUGAAAUUCUACCCACAGGAACCUUUGAAGAUUAAAGAAGAGCUCACAAGGUACCUUUUGUAUUUGCAAAUUAAAAGAGAUAUCUUUCAUGGUCGACUGCUGUGUUCCUUUUCUGAUGCUGCCUAUCUGGGUGCCUGUAUUGUGCAAGCUGAGCUUGGUGAUUAUGACUCUGAUGAACAUCCUGAGAAUUAUGUCAGUGAGAUUGAGAUUUUUCCGAAGCAGUCACAGAAGCUGGAAAGAAAAAUCAUGGAAAUUCAUAAAAAUGAACUCAGAGGUCAGAGUCCACCAGUUGCUGAAUUUAAUUUACUCCUGAAGGCUCACACUUUGGAAACCUAUGGGGUCGAUCCACACCCAUGCAAGGAUUCAACAGGUACAACAUCCUUUCUAGGAUUCACUGCUGCAGGCUUUGUGGUAUUCCAGGGAAAUAAAAGAAUCCAUUUGAUAAAAUGGCCAGAUGUCUGCAAGUUGAAGUAUGAAGGGAAGACUUUUUACGUGGUUGGGACCCCAAAAGAGAAAAAAGCCAUGUUGGUAUUCCACACUUCAACACCAGCUGCCUGCAAACAUCUGUGGAAGUGUGGGGUAGAGAACCAGGCCUUUUAUAAGUAUGCAAAGUCCAGUCAAAUCAAAACUGUAUCAAGCAACAGGAUAUUUUUUAAAGGAAGUAGAUUUCGCUAUAGUGGUAAAGUUGCCAAAGAGGUAGUGGAGGCAAGCUCAAAAAUCCAGAGAGAACCUCCUCAGGUGCACAGAGUCAACAUUACUCAGAGCAGAAGUUCUCAGUCCUUGAACAAACAACUCAUCAUUAACAUGGAGCCCCUGCAGCCUCUGCUUCCUUCCCCAGUUGAACAGGAAGAGGAAGUUUCCGUGGGUGAGGGUAUCCCAUUGCCUAAAGAGGACAUUUCUGCACCCCUGAUCAUUAGCUCGCCGGUGAAGGAAGCUCAAGAGUAUGCAGAUCCCCCAAGUGAAGAGGACGAGAAAAUCAAAGAGCCACUAACCAUCUCAGAACUAUCUUACAACCCAAGUGCUAGCCUGCUCCCUACACCUGUGGAUGAUGAUGAAAUCAACAUGCUUUUUGACUGUCCAUCUAGGCUUGAGCUGGAAAGAGAAGAUACAGAUUCAUUUGAGGAUCUAGAAGCAGAUGAACAUGCCUUUUUGAUGGCUGAAGAGGAAGAAAUGACAGAGGCCCACAGAGCUUUCUCAUGGAGCUAUGCCAUUCUGACCGGCCAUAUCCGUGUGAAUCCCCUGGUCAAGAGUUUCUCCAGGCUCCUUGUAGUGGGCUUGGGACUUCUGCUCUUUGUAUUUCCCCUGCUCCUCCUCCUCCUGGAGUCAGGUAUUGAUCUCUCCUUCUUAUGUGAAAUCCGCCAGACACCAGAGUUUGAGCAGUUUCACUAUGAGUACUAUUGUCCCCUCAAGGAGUGGGUGGCUGGGAAGGUCAACUUGUUCCUCUAUAUGUUGGGAUGCUCAUGAGGUUCAUGUCUUAUAAGACUAAGGGCUAUAUUUAAUACUUACAGAUGGUGUCUUUUCCAGAGAUGCCAGGUUCUGAAAGGUCAUGGAUUGUCUUAUUUCUUUCUCAUUGUGAUUGCUUAAGCCCUUGAGUUAGCUUUCUGUACUUCCAGGUUUGUAUAGUUAUUUUAAUUCUUUUUUUUGGUUUUUUGAGGUAGGGUCUCACUGUAGCCCAGGCUGACCUGGAAUUCACUAUGGAGUCUCAGGGUGGCCUUGAACUCACAAUCCUCCCACCUCUGCCUCCCUAGUGCUGGGAUUAAAGGCGUGCGCCACCACGCCCGGCAGUUAUUUUAAUUAUAGGUCAGGAAAACAGCCUUUAAGUAACCCAAACCAUAUUAUUAUAUUCAUCAUAUUACUAUACCCCUAACAUAUCAUAAUAUGUAACACACCAUAGUGAAUUAAAUUUUCCUAUUGCUUAUUGCUGGCAGCAUUGUGAAUUAUAAUAUUCAGAUUCAUAAUUUUAGUAAAAAUCCAUGGACAAAACCUUGAAUAUAACCCUUAGUAAGAACAAUGUCCUCUAACCAAUGCCUAUAUAAGUAAGUUUAUGCGGGGUUUUUCUUUCAGUUUUUUAAAAAUACUUUUAUGUGUUCACACUAUUUUGGUAAAUUUUUAGCAAAACAGAAGCCUCCUGGAAUUAUUUAAAUAUAAAUAUUGUAAGAUUAAUAUAUUUCAGGAAUUUUUUAAUGUUUUGGCACUAGUUUGUUUUUAAGGUAUUUUUGGCUGAACAAUUAUGUAAUUUGUUAUUAUCUUCAUAUGAGAUAGAAUAUGAGUAAAAUGACACUCUGGUACGUUCCUAAAAUAGAUGACAGAACUGAACAUGGGGAAAAUGAAUGAACAUGGUGAGGUCCAAUUUUGAAAGUUUUGGAAGAUGAUCUCAUACUUUCAUUUGCAUUCUGUACAUAUAUAUUUGGGCUGGGGACACAGAGUAUGUUAAAAGAAGGUGAAACUUGUAUAGGAAAAAUUGGAAAAGAUACACUAGGUAAUUACUUAUGGCUCACUUAUCCAAGUGAAGGCAGGCAGGAGUUGGAAAAAUGGAGAUAAAAGUGUUCUGAUGAUAUGGUAGGCAAGUGGUGGUAGGUAACUAAUUGGUCCCUUUUGUGAACUUGAUGGUGAUGGAAGGUGUUUGUUUUGUAAAGCGUUGUGCACAUGAUGUCCAGGUACACACACACAAAAAAUGUUUAAGUGGAUGUAAAUAAAAGUGAAGAAAUGUUAACGUAA